GAUGGCGAUACCGCUAACAAGGCCUGACAGUUUUCUCCUCUCGCGGGCUUUGUUUUGACAUGGCGGCAGACUUGGAAGUUAGUUGUGAAAAUUGGACUUCAUUCAAGAAAAUCUGCUUUGAGCAGUUGUCAAGGUAACUCGUUUAUGCUCAGCUUUUUUGCUAAUGCAUUUAAAAUAUACAUUCCUAUUUAUAUAUCGUGACAAAAAGUUUGCUGCAAUGAAUAUGUCUUGAAGAAUACAGACCGUAGCAAAAAGAUCUGAAUCUUUUUUUUAAAUAUUUACAAAAAAAGUCGAGGCAAUGUCUCCGACAUUAAGUAAAGGAGUCAGGGCGAGAGGUGGUCGAGGUGCAUACACACAUGAAAAUAAACAACAUAAACCAGUCAGGACUUGCUAUAAAUAGUACCACUUGGUUUAGCGCCGCAUCGUCUGCUGCGUGUCGAACAAGGUGUUCAUUCACGGUGUGCUUAACUCUUCACCUGUCACCAUAAGCUGUCGUGCAAUCCCGGAUUAGCAACCACAGACUGAGUCUGCCUGGCCGUCAUGUCAUCUCCGGGACUUCGUUACUCCAAGACAGACUUCGUUUCCCAGUGGAUGCCAAGUAGCUCCAGAGCCGGUGUGAUUCUCCCUCAGCCGGGCCUGGCUGGACUUGUACGGGCCUUUUCAACUGAGGGAACCCCGGCACCUGAGGAAGUAGGCGAGUCCUUCACUUCAGAUUUGGCCUCCCUGCCUGCCUCAGCGGACAGCAGCUGUGUCAGUGCGGAAAGUCUGUCCAAGGCACCUGGCGGAGAGAGGACUGGUGGUGACAGACCGAGCUCCGAUUCAAUACUCCAAAGAUCCAAUGGCUUGUUUGCAAGUUUGCAAGAUGAAACGGAGCAUCCUAAGGAUCUACCGCUAAUAAUGAAACUGGAUCAGUUAAAGAAGUGGCAGCGGCACAUGCAAACGCAGCUUGAAGCGCAACAGUUCGAGGAGCUCCUCCUCCUUCAGAUGGAGCAGCAGAGGUUACUGGGAAUCAUGAAUGGACCUGAAGACUGCAGAGCUGACGGAUUAGUUUCCAUAGACGAGAGAACAGAGAAGCAUCAUGUUGUCUUCAACAACAGACCAAGACUCAGUCCUUCCUGUAACAUGCCAAAUUCUGGUAGUGAGCCUCAUGAGGAGCUGCACCUGAGUCGGGCAAGAAGACACAAGUGGAGGGAGAGUCAGCAGGAAGAAGUGAUCAGCACCUCUGGACAUGAUGGCAUGGAGCCGAGCUGCGGUGUGGCACAGGAUUUAUUUAAAGCGGUAGCAAACGAGUCUGCAAGAAACAAAGGAGACGGUUCCUUCUCGCAGGACAGACCGAUCAAGCCUGGUAUUGGAGGCCAGAAAAAAACAUUUGAGGAUAUGUUGGAGGAGGAGUUGAGGCUGGAGGAGCAGCGACUUAAGACCGAGCAGAUCAAACAGAUCCAAGAUGAGGCCACAUUAGCUCAACCCAAAAGGACCUUCCUGAAGCGAGGAGAUGGCUUGUCGCGGUUUCACAGCAAAACUAAGGCUUGCACUCAAAAGACUGAAGCACAGAGGGAACUCAACUCCCCGAUCCAGUCCCGAAUCAUCUGUCGCAGCCAGUCUGAACCUGCUGCAAUCCAGAGGUUUUGCACCAACGGAGUCCAAAGGAUUAUGGUCCAGCGCAAUACUUCCACACUUAAGGUCAAUCAAAGACAGGGGUCUAGUUCUCUGCCUCAGGAAUACAGAGUUGACGGUAAAACUGUGAGGACUAAGGCUUUCACUAAUCUGCCGAGUCAAAUGAAAGAAUCGUAUCGGGCUGCACCCGACAGACAUCAGCAGGAGGGUCAACAAAAGGAGCAGAGUGGCAGGCAGACAUCUGAGUCUGGUCUCACUGUUGGGCGAUCCAGUCACAGCUUCCAGCCGAACCCUGUAACCAAGCAGGUCGUCUCGUUUGAGAAUGUGAGGACGGGUAAAAACAAGGCUGCAAGUGAAGAUGGUUCCACGACAGGGAUGCUAGAAAAGAGGUCUGAGCCAGUGGGUGGGGAGGACCACAUUCAGCAAGAAUCCUUUGAGAUGUCCUACCAGGAGAAGCUGCAGAACUGGGAGUGCGACAAACAACUGGAGAACAUGGAGCUGGGAGAGUUUGAGCUGCUGGAGCAAGCUGCAGAGGAGCUUUCCUUCUCGUCCAACUCCUCUUUUGUAAUGAAGAUUCUCCAGAUGGACCAGCAGCGGAGAAGCGAUCUCCCCCACAGACGCCUCUCGUCUACGCCCAUCAAGUCGUCUCCUCUCGCUGACGUUCACAGGCGCAGCAGUGUUGGCAGUCUGCAUGCUGCACCCUCAGUGACCAAAGCCUUCCAGGCAGAGAUGAGGACCAAUGGUCAACAAGGCAAAGUCCCCAGUGAGGAUGAGAGAAAACGCACAGCUGCAGCAGAAGACAACACCACUGUCUCGUCCUGUGGAAGCUCCGCUGGGAAAAACCAAGAUGAGGCAAAUCUGCCGCCAGCGUCAUCUCCGCAGCCGUACGACAAGAGAACGUAUGAAGAUGUGGACAGCAGCAGGAACUCUGCUUCUGAUCUGAGCGAUGGAAAAGACUUGGACAAGGAUGACGACACCCUGAUGGAGGACAACAGCAAUGAGGAAGGGAGAGUUGUGUUUGAUGAUGAUGACACGUGGAAUGACAUGGAGGACACAGCCACCUGUAACAGCAGUGACGUGUCAGAAGUGAACUUUGCUUCCAGGGAAGCUUCUGGUGGGACAUUUAAACGCAAAACAAAAGUGCCGAGGAAAGUGGCCGUGUGCAAGGCUGUUAAAGAGCUAGAUCCUGCUCCCGCAUCCCAGCUCAUGACCAAGCUCUUCCCCUCGCUGAGGCCGAAGACUGAGACUGCUGCUCCUGCUACGCUUGCUCCAAAGCCAGAGGACAACAACCAGCAGGUCCAGUCCAGGCUGCUGCGGGAGAGACUGCUGGAGCUGGAGCUGGAGAUCGAGCGAUUUAAGAAGGAGAACGCCUCUCUGAGUCGACUCCGGCAAGAGAACGAGAAGCUUCAGAACACUCUCAGGAAGGAACUCCUCGAGUUUGAGAGGACCAAAGCUGAGGAGCAGGCCAGGUUUGAGAAGUACAAGGAGGAGGAGAGCAGGAAGCUGCAGAGGGAUCGCAGACUUUUUGAGAAGCAUGCGUCGGCCGCCAGAGCCAUUCCUGACAAGAAGGAGCGAGAGGAGAUUCAGACGCUGAAGCAGCAGCUGAGCUCCCUGCAGGAGGAGAUGAAGAAGAAAGAGAGCCGCUGGUCGUCCACUCACAGCUGCUUGAGGCAGCAGAUCAGCACUCUGACCCAGGAGACCGCUUCUCUGAAGACCGAGAUUCAAAUGCUGGAGAAACUACGUCUCACCUCCUCCAAGAAGAAUUCCAUUGAUGCCGAGAGAGACGUGGCGUCUGCUGCUAAGGGAGUGAAGUUUGCUAGUCCUCUGGACUCAAGAGCAGGCAGCAGUAGCAGCAGUCCUCCUCAGUGUGGCGCCACAAUCAUCAGCAGAGGCAGUCACAGGGAGCACAGCCAAACCACCACAGGGAUCAAGAGCAGCCUUAGGAGACCAUCCUCCACCGUGCACUCGCCGUCCUCAGCUGGGCUUUCACAUAGAAGGACAGAGGAGAAGUCUGUUCCUUCCAGAAGGAGUCCAGACAAGUCGCUGCCACGCUGCUCUCCAAAAGGUGAGACCGAUGAGGCGGAGAGUGAGCUGGGAUCUCAGGAGGUGCUUGUCCAUCCUGACGGGAAGACAGAACAGGUUCUGCCUGAUGGAGAUCGCCUCAUCGUCUUCCCCAACGGCACCAAAAAGGAGGUUUCAGCAGACGGCCUCACCAUGACAGUCACCUUCUUCAAUGGAGACACCAAACAGAUCACAGCUGACCAGAGGGUGAUCUAUUAUUACGCUGAUGCCCAGACGACCCACGUCACCUACGCAGACGGGAUGGAGGUUCUGCAUUUCCCCAACAACCAGACCGAAAAACACUUCCCGGACGGUAGAAAGAUCAUCACCUUCCCGGACCAGACGGUGAAGAACUUGUUCCCAGACGGGAGAGAGAAGAGCGUACUGACUGAUGGGACUGUCAUCAACGUGGCGCCGGACGGAACCAAAGAGAUCCACUUCAACACGGGCCAGAAGGAGAUCCACACGGCAGAGUACAAAAGGAGAGAGUAUCCUGACGGGACGGUGAAGACGGUCUUCAGCGACGGGCGCCAGGACACUCGCUACCCAAACGGACGAGUGAGGGUGAAGGACAAAGAUGGCAACAUUAUUCUGGACGUGCAGCAGUAGGAGGGCGGACGGGGUCACAGAGAGUGGACCUCAAAUAUGUAGCUUUUAAACUGGAGACACCAGUCAAACACUAGAGCCCGAGUUCAUCCGUUGGAAGUAAGAGAAGAGUUGGACCUGGGUUGAGGAUGCACAUUGGCAGAAUCAACGUCAGAACUUCACACCGUGACUCUGAUCAAGAAUAAGAUUCCAUCUGCUUCCAAGUUUUAAUGUUUGGCUCAUUUUGAUUAUAAUUGUUUGAUAUAUUUAUUUUUUCACUCUUUGAACGUUUUUCUAAAAUAAAUACUCCUUUUUAUACCCAC